GAGAUCAUUAAGUGUUAGAUCGCUUAGAGAGUUUCUUUGGUUCUCCAAGAAAGCUCAAACGAUCUUGCUUCUGCUUUCCAACAGCUGUUUUUUUAUUUUGAGAUUUAAGGUUUAUUGUUGGUUAUCUACAUUAGCAUUCAAAAAUGCCCGUGAAAAGUUCGAACAUCGUUCCCAAGAAUGGCAAUUCUCGCUACAUAGUGAGAUGUAUGACGCACGAAGAUUUACCGCAGCUGAUGGAAAUACGACGAGAACUGAAGGUCCAUGAUGUAGAGUCAUGCAUUGAUAGCUGGUUGACAGUGGAUCCUCAGGGCAUUAAUGUCGUAGAAUCAGAAGCAGGCGAGUUAGUUGGAGCCUGCUGUUUCAUAAGAAAUAGCGAUGAUCUGUAUUUUGGAGGGCUGUAUUGUGUUCGGCCCAAGUAUCAAGGCACAGGGUUAGGAAUCCAUGUAUGGAAUGCAUGCAUGGAUCAUGUCGGUCCGAGGAACGCUGCUCUCAAUGCUGUCCCAGGAAAGACGGAAUUGUACCGCGACAAAUCUGGCUUUCCCAUUGUUGAAACCGAAUUCAAGUGCCAAAAAAACUUCACUAUGGAGUCUGUAGAUCCAGACAAUCUUUCCAAUAUCAUUCCUCAAGGCGUAAUUAUCGAAUCCGUUCAAGACUACCAUCUUCCAGCUAUGUUUGAUUACGACUUUUCCGUUGUAGGUUACGACAGGCAAUUUGCAUUGGCACUUAAUUGUCAAGAAGAAAACAGUAGGACAUUCGUAGCCAUGAAAAAUGGCGAUUGUGUUGGAUUCGGCACCAUUAAGCUAACUUGCUUGGGAGCAGGCCGAGUAGGACCUCUGUAUGCUGAUGACCCAGCAGUUGCAGAAGCCUUGUUGAAGAGGCUCAUCAUGUCCAUGCCACAUGUUACUGGUUUCGUAAUGAAUACUGUAAGUAACAAUGUAUCAGCACGAAAACUUCUGAAGAAACUGGGUGUUCCGCUGAAGGAAGAACUCACUCGAAUGUACCGAAAAGAGAAACUCUCUGCCGAUACCAAGAAGAUAUUUGCCCUCUAUGAGCUCAAUUUGGCUCCAUUUUAAACUAAAGAUGGUGAAUUUUUGUACUCAUCCUUUCCAAAUGAAAUCAAUGCUCAUGACAAGAUAUUAACAUGGAAACUAGUUUGGACUGAAAUGUCAAUCGAGAAGUGUGUUUUAGGGACAUGCUACUAAUUUGCCAAAAUGAGUACUAGGAUUUAACAUUUAAAACUAACAUUGUCACAGAAAAUUUGUAUUUUAUGAGCACAAGUAUGGUGCCUUUUUAGAUGUGCCUUUUUUAAUAGUUCUCUGGAAUUUUUAUCUUUAAAAGGAAAAUUUUACUGUCUAUUUUUGCACUUUACUGCACAUAUCCUCAUUUGAUGAAGAAUGUGUAAAUAUUUUGUUAAUGUUUAAAUUUUUUUACUUAAAUAAAUAUAUUGCAAUUUUUCA